GCUUUGGCGAGCAGGCGCUUGUCUGGGACGUUCCGAUCGAUCCACUCUGUCCGUCGCCGACACCGUCACCGACACCGUCACCGUCACCAUAUCGACACUGUCCGCAGCCACGUUGCAUCGCCAUGCCCAAGUCAAAGAGAGCCCAGAUUGUCUCGCUAACCAAGACACAAAAGAAGACCCGGGAGCAGAAGGACACUCUGUUUCAGCAAGUCCGCGAUGCCUGUGACUCGUUCACCAGCGUCUAUGUCUUUUCGGUUGAAAACAUGAGAAAUACGUUCCUCAAGGAUCUCCGAACCGAGUGGAGCACAUCCAAAUUCUUCUUUGGCAAAAACAAGGUCAUGGCCAAGGCACUUGGCACUACGGCCGAGGAGGAGUACAAAGAAGACCUCCGAUACGUGGCUGAGAAACUCGAUGGCAACGUUGGCCUUCUGUUCACCAACGCCAGCAAAGAAGAGGUUGAGGCAUUUUUCGAUUCUUAUCGCAAGCAAGAUUAUGCUCGAUCGGGCUGCGUGGCCACUGAGACCUUUGAACUCAAGGAGGGUGCCCUUUUCCGAGGCGAGGACCCCUUCCCGCACAACAUGGAGCCGCAGCUGAGGAGCCUGGGGCUGCCCACCAAGCUUGUCAACGGAAAGGUUAUGCUCACGCGCGACCAUGUUGUCUGCCACGAAGGAAGUGUGCUGACUCCUGAGCAGGCCCAGCUUCUGAAACACUUUUUUGUUCAGAUGGCCGAGUUCCAUGUGACGCUGCUCUGCCACUGGAACAACGGUACCUUUGUGGAUCUGGCUGAGUCUUCGUAGUUGCCGCCGCUGUUUUGUGGACAUGUCAUCUUGAAGCAGUCCCAAGACAGGCGGUCGGUGUUUGGCCGGUACACUCGACAGGCAAGGGGCAGUCCAACUUCUGGACGAGUGGGCAUAUAGACAAACGUCCGUCGCCCUCAUCAUCGAACGGCAAGGGCGUCAAACUGACCUUGGGCACCAUGUUCUGUGGAUCUGGAUUGCAAUAAAUCGCUGAUACAGCGUUGUGCACGAGUCUCGGUGCAUAUAGGUG